CUCGAAAUAGGACGGCAAUCCCUCGUGACCAUUCACCUACUCGAUACAAGCUCGCGGCCGCCAAAGACAGCGCAGCUCGACCUGAAACACUCUGAAAUUAUCCCCAAGGAGUCUUGCUCGUAAAGGACAGCAGGCCAUCAAUCUCUCGAAACACCCAAGACAGCCUAAGAAUCGACGAUAUUGCGAUGGACGCAGAUGAUUGUGUUGAACAACAACGAAUAACGUUAGUGGAUCUCUUGAGCAAUACUCUCAUCUUGCGACAGACGGCUCCCUACCUUCCGGCCGGAAGUGUUCUCGCACUGUCAGCUUCAGCACGGGCACUUCGGCACAUCCUCUUCGAAUCGCCAGAGACGUUUCGCUAUCUGAAUCUGACAUUGGUUAAAUCGGCCACGCUCGACGCUGGCCCUAUCGACAGUGGUGGCAUCUCAUGGCGUUCCGAGCGCAUGGACGAGUCCCUGACAGAGGACGACUUCUUCUCAGGGCCAUUGCGAGGCAUCUUCUCGAAGCUUGAACGUCAUCAACUGAUCCGAAAUGUCAAAACACUGAUACUGGACGGCCUCAGUGUACCGGCGGAGCUUGUUCGGGAGGUUGUUGUAGAGGACCGAUUCAACAUCAGGAUUCUCAGCAUUCGAGAUGUCACCAACAUGAACCAAAGAGGCCUCCAGUCAGUCCUUCGCUACCUUGUAAGGCCAUCUGCCUCAAAGCCGCCAAAGUUGAAGGGCCUGUAUCUCUUUCGUCAUAAGGACGCUCCAACAGCACCAUCGCGUAAAGCUCCAACGAUGCCUUCGGGCCGCGUAUCAGCUGGCGUCAUGUCUUCACAAGGUGCUCAGAUCGGUGCUGAGUGGAAUUCUAGAUCCGAGGUAGCGCUGUCCGAAUCGCUCGGUCGCAACCAGCCACUAGAUGACUGGUGGAAAACCAAAGGCAGCAUCUGGAGUACCGAUGGCAAAGACAACAAGCGCGCCCCUUCAUCUGACUGGGCUGAUGUGGUGCUCGCAUGUCAAGGUAUCAUAGCCUUUGACGCAGUUCUUUGUCGCGGCCCUAGGCAUGAUCCCAGCAAGACGACAUCGGACCAGUUGUUGCGACCUGCUGUUGCGAAUAUUGCGCUCGGUGCGAGAGGAUGUGAACAAUGUGGUUCCUGCCCCGAACAGCCAGCGGCAUUUGACCGGGACCCAGACUUCAACUUUCCACUGUUAGCCCCUCCGCCGCUGCAUGCUAGUACUGUGCGGUCUGCUCAGGUACCCAUCAUAAUUGAUGCCACUGUUCCGCCGUUGAUACUACGAUGCGUAGAUUGUUUGCACGGGCGUUGGUGUGAGAAAUGUAACAAGUGGUGGUGCGAAGACUGCUACCAAGAGCCAGUAUCACGAGCAAAGCGGCAACACCCUAGUUCACCAGAGGACGGCUUACAACAAGAUAGUGGUUGGUCAUUGGAAGCCUUGAGCGCAAGCACUGGACCUGCAUUAAAGGUAUAUUCCAAUCUUUGUGUCGAGUCCUGCCUCGUCGAAGAGAUGUUACCUGUUGCAGAUGGCAUGUGGGGAUGAUGUCUAGAGACAUUACACCGAGACCGGGUCUGCCAGGUCGAAAUACUACAUGGUACGAUAUGUGCAUCAAGCGGUGCAUUGCGUAUCAAGCUUGUAGCUGGUAGGCUCUCAGUGUCAAUCUCACGAAAGUGGCGUCCAUCGAGAUUGCUUUGAGUGUGGCAGAACAUGCGGGG